UGCUAUGGACCCGUUAACUUCUUUACAAUGUUUUAAGUUACUACUGGUCUUGCUAUUGGUAGUGUUAACAGCAGGAUACAAUCCAUACGAAGUACUUGGCGUUAGUCGUCAAGCAACUGGCCAGGAAAUCAAAAAAGCGUACAAGAAACUGGCUCGUGAAUGGCAUCCAGAUAAAAACAAAAGUCCAGAAGCCGAAGCUAAGUUUGUUGAAAUUGGUAAGGCGUACGAACUUCUGACAGAUGAAGAAAAACGAAGAAACUACGAUCAGUUUGGAACCACAGACGAUAACCCACAGGGGCAUAGUAGACAAGGCGGCUACGGGGGGUUCCCGUUCUCGGAUUUUUUCGGCGGGGGAGGGGGUCGCGGAGGUCCUGGUCGGGGAUUCAGAGGGGGUCCUUUCUCCUCAUUUUUCGACUCAGAACCAGAUGAAUUAUUAAUAAAUCGUCAUGUAUAUGAACGUGAUGUCCUUCCUGGAAGUUACAGUCACGUGUACCUAUUGUACGCAUACUCAGACUGGUGUGGAAAUUGUAAAAUAGUGAGAAAAAUGUUUGACCAACUUCACAAUUCGUACAAAGACAAAGGGAUCCGAUUUGUGACUGCAGAUGCAGAUGUUGAUAGAUCUUUAGUGUACAAACUUGGACUCUCAAGAGUGCCUUCAGUUCUUGCAGUUGUAAAUGGAAGGGUUAGAUUGUAUCAAAGACGCGAAUGGGCCAGCGCAAGCAUAGAACAGUUCUUGUUCGAGCAAAUUCCAAGCGUUCCAAUUCAGAAUUUGAACUCAAAAGCUGACAUCAAGACUUUUCUGGAUAGUUUAGUUAGUGAUAAUAAACCGAGAGUUAUAAUAUACGGAGACUUGAAGGUACCUCCAAACUGGCUUAAAAUUUUGGCUUUUUCGAAGCAGAAGAGUCACGCGUUUGGGUUUGUAAGCGCCAAGGAUUAUCGAGAUAAUGAAAACGAGUUUCUUGGGCGAAAUGGAAUGGUAUCCAUUUAUAUUUCAAAUGAUAGACCAGUAGAAAUUGUGAACAGAGCUGCUACUUAUUCAGCCACUUUUGCUCUGGUUGAAAACCACAAACUAGUCAAGUUCCCAAGGCUAUCAAAUCAAGUUAUUUUUGACAAUAUUUGUCCAACAGUAACUUCAAUUAGUAACAGAAAAUACUGUGUUGUUUUUGUUCACCCAUACUUCACUGAAAUUAGCCCAUAUGUUUCUCAAAUUGAAAAAAUGAAGAAAUCUGGUUUGCCUUACAUUCAAAAAACAACCUUUUCUUAUAUAGCUCCUGAAAAUACUCAAAGCGAGUUUCUUGCAGCUCUGAACUAUUCGUACAGUGGGAAACCGCAAAUUGUGACUUUGCUUAGAAUAUCAGAUCACGAAGCGUACUUCAAAUGGCAGAAUUGGAACUCGCCUCAUGCAUAUGAAAAUAUUGAGGGAUUCCUGAUAAAUGUCGCUUCUGGUCGAACCAAGUUGUCUACGAGCGCGAAGUUUGGUACCAUAAAUGACGAGGAAGCUCCAGGAUUUUUGAUGAGAGCCAUUCGUAAAUUAGCAGAUACAAUUCUUGAUUCAGUGGGUGUUGUGUGGGAAUGGCUUAAUUGGAUGAUUAAUUCUGAAGAUGGAUUUAUAGUGAUGUCAGUUCUGGUAAUGAUGCUUUUCAUUUUCGGAGGAAGCUUAGUUAGUGCGUUUUCUUCGGUUACGUCCUUGCCAAACGGGAACUCAAACUAUCAAAGAAGAACUUUAAAUGAUAAAUAUUCGGCUGCUAUUCGUAGAGGAGACUCGGAUUCAAGUUACAGACUCUCAGGAACCGGAGAAAAGUUUUCAAGUGGAAGAAAUGAUGUAAGACAAAGAAAAGCGAAUGAAGUUGAAGAAAGUCAGGAAGAUUUAAACGAGCCUUCAAAUUCCAGCCAUGCUUCAAGCAGUGCUACAAAUGAAUCGCCAGAAUCCACUUGCUCCAAUCAGUGAACUUUUUCCAAAUCCCAAAAGCUAAAAGAAAUUCCAAAGGACCUUCCCUUCCGCUACAUAUAAAGCUGCGCACGAGUUUUUGAUCCCAUGUUUAAAAUAGUUUCAUGAAUAUUAUAGAUUUGCAAUUGGUAUAAAUUAUUUGCAUUCUUUUAUUGUCUUACUUAUCCGUCAGUUUAAAAUUUA